UUAAAGUCCUGCAAUAGUGCCCAGUGCAGUACGUCGCAGUGAAAUCACUCUUGUACCAUUUCGAGUAUUUUUAAUUGCUUCGACUAGAUCAUGCGUGGAAAGUGCACCAGCAGGAAAUAUGCACGCUGAGUCCACUCCGGAACAGACUUGGUAGAGAGGGUGUUCGAGACUGAAGAUGUCAGAACUAUCCCACUUCGAUGAACGGAGUGGAGUGGUGGAAUGCAAGACGCCGUGGGGAACUUGGUAUCAAACCGUGGCCGAAGUUCACAUCCAGGUCAAGUUACCUCCAGGCACCAAGGGCAAAGAGGUGUCUGUUCGUGUCACGCCCUCUUCCAUCUCCUGCCACGUCCGUGGCAAUGAAAUAUUCAAGGGCCCCUUGCACAAGAAGGUAGUCGAAGACGAGACGGUGUGGACAGUGGAAGACGGAGGAAGUUUGCUUCACAUUGUCUUGACCAAGGUAGAUUCAGGUUCCAAGGACCAAAUUUGGGCAAGUUUGCUCCAAGACCUCUAUGCGCCAGAUCCAUUUACAUUCCAGGAGAUGAGGAAGAAACUAGAUCUGGAACGGUUUCAAAUCGAGCACCCGGGGUUUGACUUCAGCGGCGCCCAAUUGGACAAGGGCUAUGACCAACUGCCACCAGAGGUGCUGAAGCAGGUCGAGAACCCUGACACUCCGUGAUCUCAAUUUUUCAUUUAAGUGUAUUGGCGAUGCCCGAGCACGAUUGAUCCCUCACAAGCAAUCUCGUGAUGUUUGCAAUGAAAUAAAGAGUGCCUCGAACCGUGCGGUGACGUGCGGAUUCGGUUAAAG